AUAUAUAUAUGAGGAGUAACAUGCACAUCAAAACCAUUACCAAACACAAGUAGUCUUCAUUUGGAGGAAACCCUUUUCAUGGCGAAAACGAAAACAAUUGGGAAGAAGCAGAAGAAGAAUGGUGGCAUUGUCAAGCUCAAAGUAGCGGUUGAGAGGCUGCAAAGGAGUCUACUUCUAGGCAAGAAAUCAUGCCCGGGGGAGGUCGACGAACUCGAUGAAAUAGCCGUGCCGGAGGACGUGAAGGAAGGGCAUUUUGCCGUCAUUGCGGUGGACGACGAGGAGCUCAAGAGAUUUGUCGUGCCGUUGAGUUUCCUAACGCACCCCUCCUUCUUGAGGCUAUUGGAGCAGGCGGCGGAAGAGUAUGGCUUUGAUCACGACGGAGCCCUCACGGUUCCGUGCCGGCCCACCGAGCUCGAGAGGAUACUGGCGGAGCAGUGGGCGGAGGAAAGGGUGGUUGGCGAUGAUCAUAAUUGGGAUUCAUGCAAUAAAACCAUGGUCAAGAGCUGCUAAUAUAUAUUAUCUAUAUAUAUAUAUAUAUAUAUAU